GGCCAGCUGGAAAACAUCUCGUUGGCUUCUCAGUUCUAUGGAAACAGCGCCAGUAGAAGCAAUAGAAAUGAAGUAUGGCUUCGUCGUAUUCUAAAGGAACAUCUAAAACUUAAUCUCAAUCUACAACGGUCUUCUGUAGACCUUGCCAAAGACAUAUGGGUUUAAAGGAGAUUAUUCUGGAGAAAAAUGUCAGCUUAGAAGAAGCAAAGAAACUACUUGAAGAAAAUUCUUCAUCAGAAAAGUUGCAAUUACGAAACUGCACAAAAUUAACCUAUGAUGAUAUAGUCUCUCUUAUUGAACUUAUAAACCCAGAAUUGACUGCACUUUCUAUAAACAGCUGUAAAUAUUUUAAUGAUGAAUUGUUGGACAAAAUUGUGGAUCACUGUACCAGACUGUCUUGCGUCACAUUUAAUGGAAAUUUUAAAGACAUAACAAAUGUAGGAAUUGGAAACUUGACAAAGAAGUGUCAUGAGCUAAAGUCAUUAUCAGUUUUAUCUUGUGAAAGUGAUGAUGCUGAUGACAAUGAUGGAGAAUGGACAAUUGAUGAUGGUUUACUAUCUGCAAUUAUUGACACAAGAGAAAUAUCUUUAGAACACUUCGGGCUAUCUGGCUUCAACAAUAUUACGUCUGAUGGACUAAGAAAAUUUAUCAAGCAUAUUUCUGGAUCUUUAAUCUCCCUUGACCUAAGUGAACUUCCAGCAAUAACAGAUAAAUUAUUACAUGAUAUUGCUAAGUUAUGUCCCAAAUUGACAAGUAUUAAUUUUGGAUACUGCAAUCUUAAAGACAAAGAAAUUGAAAGCUUUUGUUCCAAAUGUACAUUACUACAAUCAAUAGAUUUAUGUGGUUGCAAUGAAUUGACCGACAAAUCUGUGUUUUCAUUGUCAAAACAUUGUCAUUCUUUGAAGAUUAUAAAAUUAGGCUGGUGUCUGAAGAUAACAGAAAAAUCAUUAGAAGCUCUUUCGACAAACUGUCUUCAUCUUGAACAUAUAGAUAUUCGACACUGUUCAGUAAAACACAUACCUUACGACUUUGUAAAACUGUCUUUUUUAAAAGAACUUCUCGUAGAGGGCUGCACUGGACUUAAAUGUCCUUCAUUGGAAGUGACAAUGAAAGGAGUUUCAGCUACUAAACAGUUUUUAGAAGACAGUAAUCUACAUUGUAUGUGCAGAUUGGCAUUUAUAGGGGAUGAGGGAAGUGGUAAAAGUAGCUUAUCUCUAUGUGUAGUAAGUUCUUCUUUGGCUGUUGCUGAUUCUAGUACAGAAGGGGUUAAUGUUUCUAGAUGGAGACCGUUUUCUGGGAAAGAAGAUGAAGCAGUAGACAAAGACACGCUUGGAAUGCCUGUGAAUGAUGAAUGCAAAGACUUAACAAUAGAAGUUUGGGAUUGUGGAGGCCGAAAGUGCAUCCAAGGUCUUCAUCCACUAUUUUUUACAGAUCAAACACUAUACGUCCUAACGUUUGAUAUAAACAAUCCAAUGGAAAUCAAAAAUAUGCCAAACUGGCUGUUCUUGGUUCAGACCAAGACCCCAGGUUGUCCGUUGAUAGUCGUUGGAACGCAUGCCGAUGGAUCCAGUACAGACUUUUCGGAGAUUAGCAAGCAGGUAUUAAAUACCCUUAAAAAUGCCGAAGAAGAGCAUUAUCUUGAAGUAAGAGCCGAACUUGACGUACUAAAGACAACAGGCAAACGAGAAGACUCCUUUAUUUGUGCACGAAUACAAAAAUUGGAACAGUUGCUGAAUUGCAGACCGCGAUUACCUGACAAAGUAUUGUAUGUCAGUUCUAUAAAGGGAAAGGGAAUAAGCGAGGUGCAAAAUGAAAUCUUCCGCCAUCUUCUAGAUCCAUCAUUAUUUCCACACCUGACGGAAAAGAUCAAUAUCAACUUGACUUACCUUUACUCAGAGGUUCUGAGACUCAGACAAGAGAAAAUUGUUGUGAUUCCUUGGGAUCAGUAUUUGAAAUUGGCUUCGGAGUCUGGGAUCACAGAUCCAGAAGAAGUGCAAAGUGCAACAGCAGUAUUAGAAUGCAGAGGCUGUAUCACAGUAUUCAGAAUUCCAGCACGUACUCAGGAUCUUGGCCCAACUCGAACAGUGUGUGUUAACCCAAGUGUCUUAUUGGAUUGUUUGGCAUGUAUGCAUAACGAAACGGAACCACGGGAAUUCGUACCACGGUUUAUUAAGGCGGGGUUCCUCGAAAGAUUCUGGCCUACCAAUACCAAGCCUAAUGACUGGACACUACGUUCGGCCAUAGAUGAUAUCGUGUCAAAGGGACUCAUCAGAGAGGCUGUUAUACCGCUGUGUUUUCAGGCAAUGCACUUGGAAGAAGAAGAGAUGCUCAAGAUCUUAGCCUUUUGUCGUAACAUCGGGGUGCUUGUUGAAGGUGCACCUAAAGGUAGUUACGAGGUGGAAUUGGUACUUGCCUACUACAAAAACCUUUCUGUCUUUAAAAGAUAUUUUCUUCCUCUUCAAAACAAAUUGCCAGCUGACACCAAGACACCAGAAGUAUGGCCCAGCGGUGUACCAGAGGGACACAUUCAGGUAGGCUGGAGAUUUAAAUUCCCGGAUGAAGUAUCUUCCAACUGCUCUACCUUGAUAAUAGCCGCCUGUCGGAAUUAUAAGAUGAGCAGCGACAUCUACUGUUACUGUCAACGUUGUCUGGUGCUCAAGGUUGGUGACGUCAUGGUCAAGAUAUCACGUGAUGGGUCAUACUUGGAUAUGAUUGGUCGAUGUAAGAUAUUGCAUGGCAGCAAGCAGGCUCUCAAUAUGACUUGGUUUAUCCUGGCACAGUUUUUUUACGUCACAGAUACUCUUCUGUUAAACUACUCUGGACUCAGCCCGGAGAUAAUGGUCCCUUUAUAUGGAUGCAGUCGACCCAAGCACAAGUCGUUGUUCGAACUGGUCAAGGAUUAYAACGUCCAACCGAGUCAUCUGGCCAACUAUCGGUGGUUUCUACCUCCCGGAGGGCUCGAUGCAGAAGAACAUACACAGAUUCCUUCCGAUACGAGCACCUGGCUGGCAACUAUUGCAAAGAAAUCCACACUGUUCAUCAGUUACCAAAGCGACCACCAAGAUGAGGUAAAACUACUUCGUGUGAGCCUCGAGCAUUCAGGAUUCAAUUGUGUAGGAGAAUGGACACUGGUUGGUCAAGGCCAAGAAUUGACAGAGAAACGACGGCAAAGCAUUAUGGGAUCCUCGUUGUUGCUGGCAUUUGUUACUCCUGAUUACUUGAAAUGGUCACGUGCCCAGCAGGACAUCAAUCUUGCUCUUGAGAAUCACAAGCCAGUAAUUGCGUUACUGUUCGACAAGACCAGCUGGCCCGUCGACAACGAGCUUGAAACUAAACUUAAGAGUCACGCGAUCUGUUUGGAUUUUGACGCUGGUUUUGGUGAAGCGCUUUCACACCAGUACGACCAAGCACAACUAACAAAGCUUGUCACGCAGUGUAACGGUAUAUUAUACGGUACAGGAGAUAUACACCCACCGGAGCCUCCAGUUAGCCCCGAUAACACCUUCCAUAUUCAAAACGAGAGCAAUCUUAGAAUUCUUCAUCGACAGUCUUCGCCUACAAAUCAUAAAGAAGACACCAGAAAGACAAGCUUAAUAAAUCACGAGAAAUCCAAGGAACUAGAAAAACGGGCUGAAAUAUUAAGCUUCUCGAAGCCUCACAUAGCCGACAUUGUGGAGCCCGAAGAAAGCGAAGAGACUCAGGUCCAGCGCAUGGCAGCUAGUGCAGUUGCAGCCGCUGUUGCUGGAGCGACGGCGCAGCAUAUUUCAAAAGCGGACAAUUCUCCUGAAGCAGUGAAAGCGGCUGCUGCAGCUGCUGAAGUCGCUCAGGCUGUUGUGGACGGUAAUAGCGAUGCUGCUGCUAAAGCCGUGGUCAAAGUUGCUAAAAUCGUCGAAGAAAUCUCGAAAAAUCAAUCACACUCAAAGCAUAUGUCGAAUGGCUCAGUAUCAACUCCUCCGCGGAGCUCAACAUGUAAUAUACUAUAAUCAAGAGCCAGUAAAACACGCCGUCUUAUUGUUAAAAAAUUUCCAGGAUGUAUUACGUAAAUCAGUUCUUAUUCUCCGAUAUAUAUUGGACUGCUGUAUAAAAUAUUCCAAGACCCGGACAUAUACACAUCGUAUAACGGUUAUUAAAGAUUGAGAAAGGCUAUCGACGCGACUAACAUUUUAAAAAAUGGAAUCAAAAUUACUUUUAGUUUUGAAAAUGAA